GGCCGCGGUCUUUAUUCCUGCAGUCGUCGCGGCUGCAGCGCGUCCUGGAAUAAUAGACUUUUAUUUAAUAAAACACGUUUAUUCAUCUGGUUAUUUAUCUCGCAGCUCGUCCUUAAAUAAGACUUUUAUUCAAACACGGACUUUUAUUUACCCGUUUUCUCCUAAAGGACUUAUUUAAAAAAGGGACGUUUAUUCAUCCGUUUUCUCCUGAAGGAAGAGACGGAGUUUCUCCGAGACGGUCUGUGCGGUUCUGGCUCGGAAUUAACAAGUUCGGGGGUUCUGAAGAAUCCGAGUGCUGCAGGUUUCUGGAGGUUCUGCAGGUUUCUGGAGGAUCGGAACAUCGGAACAUCUCUGGACUCAGAAGUCAAGAUGGAGGUCCGGCUGGCCGACAAUCUGAAGACGGUGCUCUUCCUGAUCGUCCUGCUCUCCCCCGGUUCAAGUGAAAAUGACCUGUACUUCAACUUCUGUGGUACCUGGCGUCAUGGCAACGGCCCGCUCCGGCUGGAGGUGGAGCUCACGCCGGGCUGCAGCGGGCUCUCCUUCACCGCCAACGAGAGCGUCCUGUCGGUCCGCGGGCAGCUGACGGCCGAGUGCAACACGGACAAAGUGAUCGAGCUCCACGAGUUCGGACUCGACCCGGCAAAGGACGUCGACUUCUGCGUUUACUGGGAGCCGUUGCUGGACCAGUUCAAGAUGGAGGUGGGGGGCAGGAACCUGACACUGUGCUACCCCGCCGUCCCGCUGGAGUCCUGCUGCACCGACCUGAGCGACGGCCCCAACGCGGCGGCGGGAACCUUUGGCAUCGUCAACGCCAUGAUCAGGGAAGAUGUCAUCACCAGCGAGACUCGGACCGCCUUCCGGUUCAGAGCCGACGCCACAGGCUGCAAGUCUCUGUGUGACCAGGCGGACCAGGAUUACCUGCGCAGCCUGCAGUCCUCCAGCGGCCCCAGCGGUCCGCCCAGCCCCGGACUGCCCUGCGGUCACAGAUCCACCAUGGAGAUGGAGGACGGCUUUGGAGGCUACAACAUCUCCUCGCUUGCCAGGGCGGGCUCUGGUUCUGGUUCGGGGUCGGCGGUCCGGGUCUUCGUCCCCCCGGCUCUGAGGAGUAGCUCCAACAGCAGCAAGGUGGUGUUCACCUUCUUCAACGGCAACCCGCUGUUCCAGGACGGCCUCCAGAACCUCCAGAACCGCCAGCUCCUCCAGGACGUGGUUGACAUCACCGUGGAGAACCAGGUUGUCACUAAUCUGUCGGAGCCGGUGAAGAUCGGCUUCCACCACGACGCCAUUCCGGACCAGAACCGGAGGACCUGCGUGUCCUGGGACGUCCACCGAGACCCGCUGCAGGUGCGCUGGCUAGCGGACGGCUGCGCUACGCUAGCGCGGGGCGACGCCCACACCGAGUGCCUCUGCGACCACCUGACCUACUUCGCCGUGCUGGUGGACCUGGAGCCCCGCCCUGUGCGCCACCUGUUAGCGCUCACCUGCAUCAGCUCGGCCGGCUGCGCCGUGUCCUUCGUCAGCUGCGUGGCACUGCUCGUCUUCCUCGCCAGGAAACGGAGGCGCCCCGCCGACAAGUCCCUGCCGGUGCACGUGGGCGUGGCCGCCUCCCUGGCGCUGCUCAGCCUGCUGUUCUUCCUGACGGGGGUGAUAGCUAACGCGGGCCGCGAGGCCGCCUGUGCCUGGGCGGCGCCGCUGCUGCACUACGCGCUGCUCAGCGCCUUCGCCUGGAUGGGGGUCGAGGUAUUCCACGCAUUCUGGCUGAUGUACGAGGUCUUCAGCCCCCCCCCCAGGGCCUACGUCUGGAACCUGGCGGGCUUCGUUCUCCCGGUGCUUCCUGUCGGCGUCCUGGUGGCAGUGGGCGACGUGUACGGGCUGAGGGAGCUGGAGCAGGAAGGGACCCGGGACCCCUACCUCAUGUGCUGGAUGAAAGUGAACCCCAAGGCCCGACUGGCCCACUACCUCACCAACCUGACGCUGCUGGCCGUGCUGGUUCUGUCCGGGUCCGUGUUGCUGGUCCUCAUGUACCGGAAAAUUCGGACCCGGGCCGAGUGGAGGCAGAACCGCGUGACAGCCCUCAGCAUGUGGGGGCUCAUCCUGCUGUUCGGAACGUCCUGGGGUCUGGCCUUCCUGGACUUCGGCCCGCUGUCCGACUUCGUCCUCUUCCUCUUCUGCUUCCUCAACUCCUUCCAAGGGUUCUUCCUGAUGCUCCGGUUCUGCCUGCUGGACUGGAUGAGGAGGCGCUCGGACCGCAGCAGCUCCAGCACCAGCAACACCGGCCAGCCCAUGCUGCCCUCCCAGGAGAAGAGCUGACCCCCCCAGGAGAAGAGCUGACCCCCCCAGGAGAAGAGCUGAUGCGGCCCGGCCCAGACGCGGCCCGGCCCAGACGGGGCGGUCAUGGGGGGGGUUCGGGUUCGGUUCUGUGUCGGGGCUCCGAGAGCACUGAGCGGAUUCUUCAUGUGAUCUUCAAACUUCUGAUGUUUCUGACAGAAAACAAGCACAUUCCCCCAACCCCCCCCCCCAGACCUGAGACCUGAAACCCGAGACCCAGACCUGAGAACUGAGACCUUGUGGUCCCGGUACCCCGUGGCCCCGGUACCCCGUGGUCCCGGUACCUCGUGGUCCCUGUGACCCUGUGGUCCUGGUACCCCGUGGUCCUGGUACCCCGUGGUCCUGUUACCCCGUGGUCCCGGUACCCUGUGGUCCCGGUACCCUGUGGUCCCGGUACCCUGUGGUCCUGUUACCCCGGGGUCCUGUGACCCUAUGGUCCUGGUACCCCGCCUUGUGGGACUCUUCCCGAGACUCCUUUGUUCAGCUAAAAACAGCUGAAUAACAGGAAAACAUUACAAAGAUAAAUAGAAUAAGAUCAGUAAAAAAUACAAGAAUACAAUUAAAUAAAAAAGAGGAGUGAAAUAAUUAAAAUUGUAUAUAAAGCUGUUACCAGGACGCUUGGUCGUGGGCGUGGCUUAUGUUUCCAGGAUACUCUGGGAUGUUGAGGGUCUUGUACAGAAGAGAAGGAGGUGCUGAGCUGCCUCCCUCUCACUCAUCUCCACAACUGCAGGGACUUUGUUCUGAAUUAUGUUUUUAUUUAUUUCAGAAAAUGUUUUUUUGUUCAUAUUUCCAGAAAAAUUCACAACAAAACAGAGAAUCUCUCAGAGAGUCUCUGUUUCACUUUUCGUUGCUGUAUUUCCUUCUGGCCGGUUUCUGGCCGUGAUGACGUCAUCACGCACCUGUGAUGUCAUCACCCACCUGCUCCCAGGUGGGUGGUGAUGUCAUCACAUGUGGUCGGCCCCCCCCCCCACCCAAGGGUCCCGAGUGGGCGGAGUCUGCUGCACAAGUCUAGACUGGCUCUAGUCAAACUCCUCCAAAGUUGUUAUUUUGAGGAUAAAAUUCUUCUUUAUUCAGGGAAACGACGGGAAGCUAAAAGCUAAACGACUGCAGAUUUGCAGAAACGAUUGAUUUGAUUGUCGUUUUGUGUAUAAAGGAAACAACGUGCUGUUAUUAUUAUUAUUAAAGUACGGAAGAGUAUCAGGAGCAUGCAUAAGAAAAAAUAUUUGAGAGGGGAAGAUUUUUUUUUAUUGUGCACUUCGAAAAAAAAGAUUAGAUUAAUGUUGAAAUACAAUUUUGAGAAAAAAGUAGAAAUGUUGAGAUUAAUGUUGAAAUACAAUUUCAAGAAUAAAUUAGAAAUUUUGCCUUUUCUCUCAACAUUUCUAACUUUAUUCAUUCUCCUCUAAGAUAUUAUUUUUAUUUUCCUGCCUGGUCCUGAUACUCUUCCGUAUUAAAGAGCCGCACAGACCUUAGAUAAGCUUUUUAUUUGAAACGUUUCACUGUUUAUCUGUGCUUUUUUAUAGCUGAUUUUUAAUUCCUUUGAUGUAGCACUUUAGCUUGUGGCUGUCGUAGCCUCUGCUAGCCUGCUAGCACGUGAUGCUAGUUCUACUUGUAGGCAGAGGAGAAGAGAACCGUUUAUAUUUCCUUUAUUUUUCCUUCAAGCGCAUUAAGAUAUUUGCUGUUUAUUGGCUUCCAAAUGAAAUAGAUCUGAUUAAGCUGUAGCGUAAAUAAAUGUGGUUAAAUAUCAAACAAAUUGAACAUGUACGAGGAGAACAGACAAAUGAUUUUUUUUUAUGCUGUGAUUUUUGCACUUUUUUAAUUUUAUUUCAUAAAAAAUGUUUUUGUCACUCCUUUUUCUUUUUCUUUUUUUACAUAUUUGACUUCAUGUAUAUAUCAUAUUUAAUUAAAUAAA